AUGAAGACUCUUGCCACUGUGCUGCUGCUUCUUCUCCCCAUGAGUGCUGCUCAGAACUUGGGCAAGCCUUGCAAGCCGACGAUCGACCAUUUCGCAUGUGAAGCCAGAAACUUCUUGACCUGCGACACUACUGCUAGCACUUGGCAAGUCCAAAACGUUUGUGCGUCUGGACCGUGCACUGCAGAUCCAACCUUUGGAAGUUACUGCUAUAAUAACAGUUUACCAGGUGGCUCCAAUGCACCUUCAACUACUUCUUCAAGUAGUGCAUCCUUGAGCCCAUCAAAAUCAACAGAUAAACUCGCAUCUACCUCUAUACCCACUCUUACUUCAAAUGCCGAGUCUAAUACCACCUCUGGAGGACUGUCAAGCGGAUUGGUAAUUGGUAUCAGUGUGGGUGUUUCUCUCUUGGUUCUCAUCAUUGUCAUUGGUAUUGCAGCAUAUGUGUUGAUGCAUCGCAAAUCUAAAAACAAAGACGAACUACAAUCCGAACCAGCAUUAUCCAAUGGUGCCAGAAAACGUACAUCUACUCUUGCAGGAUUGGUCAUGGUGGGAAAUGACAAGCAGCAUAAUUCUGAAUACAUAGCUGGAUCUCGCGAUCCUAAUUCUCUGUUGCCUGCAUCAAAUACCAACCGUACAUCCAGCGAUGCCAAUGGUGUAGGUGCAAUUCUCGAAAAGGCAUUUAUUGUUACAACUGACUAUGAGCCGUGUGCAUCUGAUGAGCUGAGACUGCGUGUUGGUGAUUCGAUUGUUCUUGAUUUACUGUUCAACGAUGGUUGGGCCAAGGGGAAAAAUGAAUCUACUAGACAAGAAGGCAUUCUUCCAGUAGCAUGCAUUACUCAACUCAAUUAA